AAAAAUCAAUAAACGCGGCCGCAGCUAUAUAACCCCCCUCCUCCGCCUCCACGGGCUCGCCCAAUUCCAAUUCGAAUACUAGGGUUUUGUUGCUCCUCCUCGCCGCCCCCCCUCCGCACCGCCGUCGCCGCCUCUUUCCAAUGGCGCUGCCGAACCAGGGGACCGUCGAUUACCCCAGCUUCAAGCUCGUCAUCGUCGGCGAUGGCGGGACUGGUAAAACCACAUUCGUGAAGAGGCAUCUCACCGGAGAGUUUGAAAAGAAAUAUGAACCAACAAUUGGUGUUGAAGUUCACCCAUUGGAUUUCACCACCAACUGUGGAAAGAUCCGUUUCUACUGCUGGGACACUGCUGGGCAAGAGAAGUUUGGUGGCCUUAGGGAUGGAUAUUAUAUCCAUGGUCAGUGUGCGAUAAUAAUGUUUGAUGUCACUUCAAGGCUGACCUACAAGAAUGUUCCUACCUGGCACAGGGACUUGUGCAGGGUGUGCGAGAACAUCCCCAUUGUCCUCUGUGGUAACAAGGUUGAUGUGAAGAACAGGCAGGUUAAAGCUAAGCAGGUUACAUUCCACAGGAAGAAGAACCUGCAGUACUAUGAAAUUUCUGCCAAGAGCAACUACAACUUUGAGAAGCCCUUCCUUUACCUUGCAAGGAAAUUGGCUGGCGAUGCCAACAUUCACUUUGUUGAGGCUGUUGCUCUGAAGCCUCCGGAAAUUGUCUUGGACCUGGCAAUGCAGCAACAGCAUGAAGCUGAGCUUGCGGCCGCUGCAGCGCAACCACUGCCUGAUGACGAUGACGAUCUUGUCGAGUAGAGAGAGGAUCAUGAGUCUUAUCACAUACUCUGAGAUUGAGUGUUGCUUCUACAAGAGUCUCGUUAGGUUGGAUGCUUGAUAGAUUCAAGCUCCGUCAGCGGGAUGUUUUCCUGCCUAGUCUGAUGGGUUGAAAAACUCUUUGCUGUGUGACAUUGUUCUACCUGUUUGCCAUGGAUUUGUUGUUGGCGCUCGCACCUUGCUGUGUUUACUUUACCUCUUCAUGGUUCAUCUGAAUUAUAUUAUGCCAUUCGGCUUUACUGUGGAGAUGCUAUAUACCUUGUCUGCUUGAUAUUU